AGUGCUGGUAAUGGAGAAAAGGGUCAGGGGGCAGCGGUUGAACGCCGCAAGUCGUCGGCACCGUGGAUGGAGAAAUACUAAUCGGCCCUGCAAUGUGGACGAUGUGGUGGAGCAGUCCGAGGUGGUAGCCAUGCUGCGCAAGGGCGUCGAGGGCGGCAAUUUGCCAAACAUGCUGCUCUACGGGCCACCGGGUACGGGCAAGACGAUCCAAAACUUCUCACAGUUUUCGGCCAGCAUUGCAGCACCGCAGCUGCCUCGCUCAGGAUCUGGAGACGCGUCUUGGUCAAGUCCAGCGGAUAGGCCAGAUCCGCUAUGGAGACGGCUACCAUGGAAACGAUGUAGGUGCAGGCAAAGGAAUCCGCAUAGUCAUAUUCUCGGGCCGCAGUAGGGGGCGU